AUGCCUGAUGAGUUGUGUAACAGUGAAGCUUUUGCAAGUGUUGAAAAUGUGUACCAAGUGGCUAUGUUAGAAAUCAUUGACCGGAUAAUUACAGAACCUGGUGACAGAUUUGAAGCUUUGAAAAAUGUAAACAGCAUGUUUGGAUUUUUGAGUGGUGUUAAAAUUGAAAAAAUGCAGAUAGUAAAUCUAAAAAUUAAAGCAGAAAAAUUGGCAAAUAGAUACUCAGCUGAUCUCAACAUUGAAGAAUUCAACUUUGAAAUAGAAGGUUUUAAAUAUCACGCUUUGACAGUUGACAAAAGUUUGAAAAAAGCCACAUCAAAAGAAAUGUUAACUCUCAUUUAUAAAAAUAAAUUUAAAAAAAGCUACCCUAACAUCACAGCUGCAUUUGAGAAUGUUUCUCACAUCAAAGCCACAUCAAAAGAAAUGGGCGGCACACUGAGUUUUACCUCCCUGGCAAAUACGCUAGUUCCGGCCCUGAGUUCGAUCGAUGGCAGUUCAAAAUGA